AUGGGCUGCGAUUUUCGAGCGAAAGCGGCGAGGGCCCGCCGUCUUCGAACCCGCGACACUGCCGAGGAGAGCGACGCAAAGCGCCUCGCCCCCAUUAGGGCGAACGCUCGCGACAGAGAUCGAAUAUGGUGCACACGAGCGCGUGACCUGUGGCCGGGAGGGGGCCGCAAGGGCGUAAGCGCCGGUGGCUCUUACGCGGGCGGGAUAGGGCGGCGCGGGGCACUUAAGACCUUCCUGCUACGAGGGAGGGCAGUUAUCAUGUGGGCGGGUAUCGAUCGGUGCGCAGUGCGCGCUCCGGAGCGUCAGAAG